GGAACCACGGCCAGAACCCAGAGGAAUAAGCCGCUCCUCUCGCCUCUUCUCCGGGGUCCUGCAAAACGUUGUAAAGGCUUAAAAAAGAAAGAAAAGAAAUUGAUCCCCAUCCUCCAGGGGAGUCUGGCCCGAACCCCGCCGGGAUUCGCGUGUUGUCUCCUGAUAUCGAGGAAUAGAGAAGCAGAAGACCAAGCCUCCUGGACCCCCGAGUUCACAGCUAGCCCCGUGUCGGCGCCCCAUGGAUAUAGCAACAGGUCCCGAGUCUCUGGAGAGGUGCUUCCCCCGUGGACAAACCGAUUGCACCAAGAUGCUGGACGGCAUCAAGAUGGAAGAACACGCCCUGCGCCCCGGGCCCGCCACCUUGGGGGUGCUUCUGGGCUCGGACUGCCCGCAUCCCGCCGUCUGCGAGGGCUGCCAGCGGCCCAUCUCGGAUCGUUUCCUGAUGCGAGUGAACGAGUCGUCCUGGCACGAGGAGUGUUUGCAGUGCGCUGCGUGUCAGCAAGCUCUCACCACCAGCUGCUACUUCCGGGAUCGGAAACUCUACUGCAAACAGGACUACCAACAACUUUUUGCAGCCAAAUGCAGCGGCUGCAUGGAGAAGAUUGCACCCACGGAGUUUGUGAUGCGGGCCCUCGAAUGCGUGUACCAUCUCAGCUGCUUCUGCUGCUGCGUGUGCGAGAGGCAGCUUCGGAAAGGUGACGAAUUCGUGCUCAAGGAGGGCCAGCUGCUCUGCAAGAGUGACUACGAGAAAGAGAAGGACUUACUCAGCUCUGUGAGCCCAGAUGAGUCAGACUCUGUAAAAAGUGAUGAGGAAGACGGUGACGUGAAGCCAGCCAAAGGCCAGGGUGGCCAGGGCAAAGGCAGUGAUGAUGGCAAGGAUCCUAGGAGGCCGAAGCGGCCCCGGACCAUCCUCACCACACAGCAGAGGAGAGCAUUCAAGGCCUCCUUUGAAGUUUCCUCCAAGCCCUGUCGAAAGGUCAGAGAGACACUCGCCGCUGAAACAGGGCUCAGUGUCCGCGUGGUCCAGGUCUGGUUCCAGAACCAGAGAGCCAAGAUGAAGAAACUGGCGAGAAGGCACCAGCAGCAGCAGGAGCAGCAGAACUCACAGCGGCUGGGGCAAGAGGUCCUGUCUAAUCGAAUGGAAGGAAUGAUGGCAUCAUACACACCACUGGCCCCACCCCAACAGCCCAUUGUCGCCAUGGAACAGAGUACCUACGGUAGCAGCGACCCUUUCCAGCAGGGCCUCACGCCUCCUCAAAUGCCAGGAAACGACUCCAUUUUCCACGACAUUGACAGUGAUACCUCCUUAACGAGUCUGAGCGACUGUUUCCUGGGCUCCUCCGACGUGGGCUCCCUCCAGGCACGAGUAGGGAACCCCAUCGACAGGCUCUACUCCAUGCAGAGUUCCUACUUCGCAUCCUGAGAGAGAAUGGAGCCCCAGGGCUGGCCAGAGGGUAGAGGAGGUGGGCAGGCCAGCCGUGCUGCCCAGACAGACUCAACAGCCAUAUGGUGCCCAGCCCUCCCAAAUGGCCUGGCCCGUCUUUGCCGGGCCCCUCCCAGCCGUUGUGGCUCCUGCAGCUCCUGGCCCAGCCCAGGUGGCUCCCAGGGUUUCCAGCCCAUCUUCUGUGGCUCCCACCUGGGCUGCCCUGAACAGGGGCACAGAGGAGCCUGGGUCCAGGGGUUUUUCUUGCUGAUAGAGACCUAUCACCCUAAAGGAGCCCCCAGGCAGGGCACAUGGACAGACUGGCCGCCUGCCCCUCUGCCUCUCCCCCAACACUCUCCUCUGCCCUCAGACCCCUCCCAGAGGGCUUCCUCUUCCUCCUCCCGGUCGUCCUCGUCCUCCUCUUCCCGGUCUUUUUUUGGAAGCUUAAAUUCGAUAUAUUUUUUUAAAACCCCUCCCCUCAUGAACGACACCUGCUGUGGCCCUGCCCCCAAGAGAACCCCCUUCCCUGGCAGAGGCCCCACCCCUCACUGCAUGCCCCAAAACUCUUAAUCGUGGACAAGUUGCCAGUUAGCCUGUGAGAAGUGAACGUAUCUGUGUCGAGUGGCUUGGUUUCUUAUCUCUCCUUCCUCCUCUCCCUCCCCCUGCCAGGGUCAGGCCUGGCCAGGGCAGAGGCUGGCAUACUGGGCUAGAGGAGUCUGGGCCUCCAGGCUUCUCUCUCUAGGUUUUCCAUUUGGAGACAUCACUAGCUUUGUAUCCUGUAAAGCUGCCCCUUCAGGGUCGAAACAGAGAUGGGAGGUGGGGCAGGUUCCCGGCAGGGGCAUUUCAGAGGUGCUUUUCCUCUCCUUCCCUCUCCUCUCCACACCGCCCCCCCCCCCGGGCCCCAACAAAGCCUCACCUUUGAAAAAGCCUGCCUCGUUUCCAGAAGGCUACUGGGACAUUAUGUGUCAGGACUGGUUCCCUCAGGCACUGGCAGAACCCUGCACUAGGUCUAGAAUGUUAGAGCUGAGAAGGACCUAAGAGUCAUAGCCCAGCCUGCUUCAUUUUACAGAGGAGGAAACUGAGAUACAGAGAUGAGAAGCAACUUGACCAUAUAGAGAGUGAGUGGUCCAGUGGGGCUUAGAGCCUCGCUGUACCACAUUGUAUCCCCUUCCUCAAUCCACAGCAAGGAGGGAGAAGGGAAGGGUGGUGGUGUCCCAGGAGCUCGUCAGUGUAUGCGCAGAGUGAAAGGACAGGAAGCAGGAGGGAGUUUCAUGGGAGAAGAGGUGGACCUAGGCUACCUGAGGCCAUUGGGGAUAGGGGAUGGAGGGGCUCACUCCAAAGGAACACAGCUUUUCCCUUUGCUUCCCCUUCUCCUCUUUUUUCUCAGCCCAGCUCCCACUUCCCCAGUUUACAAACGUGAAACAAAGUUCCUGACCCCUAGCUGAGAAGGACCCUGGGAGCUGCAAAGAGAUGAGUGAUGACCUCACACUCACAGCCCACCUUUCCCCAUCAGCGAGAAACUCAAUUUAGAAACAGCAGGGAGGGGAAUCCAAAAUCUUUGCCAAGGAGAAGGGCCUACGAGGAGAUAGACACAGGACUCCUUCCCAUCAGCCUCUACCUGUCUGCCCAAUCUCUAAGAAGAGGAGUUAGAGAUGGAUGGGAGAGAGUCAGGGGGCUGAGGAGGAGGUGAAGGGAAGGUGCAGUGACCUAGUAUUCAUAUUUUUUCACUGAAUUCUUCUAGCCUGGCAUGGAGAGAGUGCUAGAAAAGGGAGAGGCAAAUCUUGUGGCUUGAGUAUUCCAGGCCUCAAACUACCAGACAGUGACAGAGAAGAAUGAGCCAGCUUGGAGGACAAAGAAAGAGACACAUUCUUCAGGAAGAAACCUGGGGGACAGGGAGCAACCUGGGACACAGAACCUCAGAACUGGAAGGAACUUCAAAGGACAUCUAGUCCAACUCCUUUCUGAAUGGGAAUCCUCACUUCACUACCUCCUCCUUAUUAGGAAAUUUUUCUUUAAAUUUUCCUCUUUGUAAUUUCCACCCCUUGCUCCUAGUCCUGUUGCCAAACAGGAGAAUCUAAUUCCUCUUCCAAUGAGAGCACUCCAAGUACUUGAAGACAGCUAUUGUGUCCCCCUCCUCCUCCCCCUUCCCUUUCCCAAAUCUUCUUCAGACUAAAAAUCCCCUGUUCCUUCAGUGGAUCCUUCCAUGGCAUGGUCUCCAGUCCCCUCAGCAUCCUGUUUACCAUCCGCUGAAUGUGCUUGUCAAUGACUCUCCUAAGAUGUGGCAUUCUGAACCAGACACAAUACCCACGUGCAGUUUGACCACAGGAGAGGGUUAUGACCUCCCUCUUUUUCCAACCCUGGGCUUCUCUUUAUGCAGCAUCAGGAGGAAUUAGCCACAUUGUGUACGAUGUCACUCUGACUUAUAUCGAGCUUGCAGUCCAAUAAAACCCACCAGUCUUUUUACACACACACACACACACACACACACACACACAUACACACACACACACACACACAGAGCCAACCACCCCUCCUUGUGCUGCACUUGGAAAGCUGAUUUCUUUUUAACCCCUAAAAGGAACUUUACGUUUCUAUUAAAUUUCAUUGUAUUAGAUUUGGCUCAGUGUUCUAGGUUUUCGAGGUCUUUUUUGGAUACUGACUCUGUGAUGCAACAUUACCUCUCCCUCCCAGCUCUGCCACCUUCGAGUCUGAUCAUCUAUUGAUUCAUUCAAAUCAUUAAUAGAAAUGAUAAAUAGCAUACCAGGCCAAAGAAAGAGCUCCAGAGCAUUCCACCAGGGACCCCUCUCCAAGCUGACAUCCAUUAGUGAGGAUUCUUUGGGUUUUGUCAUUCAACCAGUUUAAAAUCCAAGCUGUACUAGCAUCCAAUCUUUUGUCAAAUGUUUUGGGGAAAAUCCAGGAACUCUAUAUCUAUGGCAAUCCCCUGAUCCACCCAUCUACUAAAGCUAU